AACUUCAGGAGAAAUAUCACGUGAAGUGUUCCAAAAACAUGGGGACAUUGCACCUGUGAAAUAACGUUUUUUUUUCUUCCCUGAGGGUAUUGAAAUGAGGCGGGACAGGUACGCUCUUUCCAAUCCGCCAAAUUGAAGAAACGGAUGCGCCACUGGGGAUUUCCCAACAGACACACAGCAGGUGCACUCACAGCCUGUUAAAACUUGCGGUCCAAAACUAGAAUAAGGAGGCGAGCAAUGAGCAAUUCCGUGAUCGUGGACCUUCUCCUGGUUCCGACCAGAUUGUGUCUGUGGUUUCAGUCUGUGCUGUACUGGUUUCUUGUAUAUGGCACGGCUGGACUCACAGCCGGACUGGUUCUUACACGGAUCGCAUGGCGUGCACUGAAAGACCCCUACGGGACCUUCCAUUGGACAGUCCGCAAGAAGCAGCCCGCAUGCCUGCGUGAUCCCACUCUGGGCAAACACGGCUACUUGUGGGGCAGGAGCUCUGGUUUGAGGUUCCAUUAUGUAACCAAGGGACACAGCAGGAAUCCUCUAAUGCUCUUCCUUCAUGGAUUCCCAGAGAAUUGGUACUCGUGGCGCUACCAGCUGUGUGGGUUUAGUGGACAGUACCACACGGUGGCAAUGGACCUGCGUGGCUGUGGCGACUCUGACGCACCCUCCCAGCUGGAGGACUACUCUCUGGAGAAACUCUGUCACGAUAUCAGGGACGCUAUUGAUGAACUAGGCCACACCAGUUGUGUGUUGGUGGGCCAUGACUGGGGUGGUAUGCUGGCCUGGCACUUCACACUGGAGAGGCCUGAUAUGGUGCAGCGACUGGUCAUCAUGAACGCACCGCACCCUGCCUCUUGGCUAGAUGCAGUGUUGAGGAGACCCUCUGAGCUUCUGCGCUGUGGUCAUGCCUGCUUCUUCCAGCUCCCUGCACUCCCAGAGUUCACUCUAUCACUGGAGGACUUCAAGUUGGUGCGUAGUCUGCUGUGUGGGGGUCGUGGUGGCAUCAGGAACCGUGCCCGCAGGCUGACUGAAGCUCAGCUCGAGGGUUAUCUCUACCGCCUGUCCCAACCUGGCGGGCUGACCGCACCCCUCAACUACUAUCGCUCACUACUCAGUAACGCCCUUUACAAGCACCAGGAAGUGGAGGUGCCGUGCCUGCUGAUCUGGGGCGAGGCUGACAGCAUCCUGGUAGAGGGGAUGUCUGGGGGCACCAGGCCCUACGCCCGGGGGUCCGUCACCUUACACACCAUCCCUGGGUGCAGCCACUGGGUACAGCAGGACCAGCCGGAGACGGUCAACCAGCUGCUGUGGGAGUUCCUUCUGGAUAGGGAGAAGGACGUGGAGCGCUGCUCCUCACGGAGGGGUGCAGGCUGGGCCAUCAAGUGGACCAGAGAGUAAAUGGAUGGUGGUCCUGAACUGCUGGGAAUCAGGGUCGGGGCCAAUACCAGCCAAUUCAGAGAGUAAACCAAAUUCAAAUUUUCCUCAUUGCAAAGCAUUGAAGAGAAUUCAAAUUUUUGUGUAUUCCUGAAAUGACUGGAAUUGAAAUAUAAUGGUCCCCAACCCUGCUGGGAAUCACCACUAUAACAGUUUCACACUACUGAGCCGAGAAAAGCGGGCCUGGUUACGCAAUCCCCAUUGUUGCUGGAACCGUGCUAGAAAAUAAAAUAUCUAAGCCAGCACAGUAUGGUUUGGGUCAGCAGGAUUGUGUGGAAAAGGUAUUGUGGUUUUGUUGUCUUUUUUUGUUGUUCACAAUUGUAAUGUAUUUCAGGCCUCUCUACUAUUCUCACUGACCUCAGCCAGUUCAUAUUGAUUCAGUGGCCCUGUCUCAACCUAUUGCCAUCAUAACUGUAUCAUGUUACCAUAACGAUGUGGCCGUGUUACCAAAGCAAACCCAGUCACUGCCUAAGACCACUGGCUCCAGACACAAUGUCCCGUACUGUAUCAACUGUCUACAUUUCCAAACCCAUUGAAAUAAAUUAGAUUCAAUCAUA